GCUGCCGCCUCCGUAGACACGCUUUGGUCAACCCCGCUAAUCAGCAAUCAAGCCCAUUAGCCAGGCCGGAAGUGGAGACCCCAGCACCCUCCGCGCGGAGCAGGAAGUACGAAGAGGAGGCGCAUACUCCCCGGAAGCCGAGCCCCGGACACGCCCACCUGCCGGAAACGCCGGCUGUGUUUCUCUGACAGGGUUGCUCUCUGACAGACCGGAUUGUUGCGGAGGUGGACAGGCGGCGGGGUCAGGGCGGAGGCUGAGGACCGAGUAGGCAUGGCGGAGGGCGGGAGCCCCGAUGGGCGGACCGGCCCGGGACCCGCAGGUCCUAAUCUGAAGGAGUGGCUGAGGGAGCAGUUCUGUGACCAUCCACUGGAGCACUGUGAGGACACGAGACUCCAUGAUGCAGCCUAUGUAGGGGACCUCCAGACCCUCAGAAACCUACUGCAAGAGGAGAGCUACCGGAGCCGCAUCAAUGAGAAGUCUGUCUGGUGCUGCGGCUGGCUCCCCUGCACACCACUGAGGAUCGCAGCCACUGCAGGCCAUGGGAACUGUGUGGACUUCCUCAUACGCAAAGGGGCAGAGGUGGACCUGGUGGAUGUCAAGGGGCAGACUGCCCUGUAUGUGGCUGUAGUGAACGGGCACCUGGAGAGCACUGAGAUCCUUUUGGAAGCUGGUGCUGAUCCCAACGGCAGCCGGCACCACCGCAGCACUCCUGUGUACCAUGCCUCUCGUGUGGGUAGGGACGACAUCCUGAAGGCUCUUAUCAGGUAUGGAGCAGAUGUUGAUGUCAACCAUCAUCUGACUCCUGACACCCGGCCCCCUUUCUCAAGGCGGCUAACCUCCUUGGUGGUCUGUCCUCUAUACAUCAGUGCUGCCUACCAUAACCUUCAGUGCUUCAGGCUGCUCUUGCAGGCUGGGGCAAAUCCUGACUUCAAUUGCAAUGGCCCUGUCAACACCCAGGAGUUCUACAGGGGAUCCCCUGGGUGUGUCAUGGAUGCUGUCCUGCGCCAUGGUUGUGAAGCAGCCUUCGUGAGCCUGUUGGUAGAGUUUGGAGCCAACCUGAACCUGGUGAAGUGGGAAUCCCUGGGCCCAGAGGCAAGAGGCAGAAGAAAGAUGGAUCCUGAGGCCUUGCAGGUCUUUAAAGAGGCCAGAAGUAUUCCCAGGACCUUGCUGAGUUUGUGCCGGGUGGCUGUGAGAAGAGCUCUUGGCAAAUACCGACUGCAUCUUGUUCCCUCGCUGCCGCUACCAGACCCCAUAAAGAAGUUUCUGCUUUAUGAGUAGCAUUCAGAUGCAGCGCUGACUGCAGUGUGGAAGCCGAUCACCUGCAGUGAAAACUGACACAGACUCUGGCAUCCUAGGAACCAUGGCCUGUGCUGCCAGCUUGGUCCUUGGCUGUCAGUGAAGAAGAAACGGCCAUGUUCUCUUGGACUGUGAUUCCAUCUCCGGUGCUUGGGCCAUCGAACGCUCCUUGAGUCACUGUCAACUGAGAGGCGCAUACAAACUUAAUUUUGUUCCUCUUCAGUCUCUCUGUUUUGGUUUCUUCCUGGCAAUGUGUGCAGUAUGGGCUGAGCCUGGUGAUCGCCCCAGUGGGGAAGGCUUUUUUCUCUAGGCUAUGCAUCUAUUUAUGUUCCUACUUUGCAAUUUAUUGUUCUUUUAAGGCUUGAUAUCCAAACAGAAAGAGAGGUUUGUUAAGAAAAGAUGUAGGGAGAAGGAAUGCGGUUUGUGCACUUGCCAGCCUGCUUUCUUGCCUGGGUUUGUCUGUCUGUCCUGUUGAUGCUUGUCUGUCUGUGCUGCCAGUGUUCUCUCUUGGGAGUUUUCUUCAGUCCAAGAUGGCUUCUGGGCUGCAAUCUUAUUGCACAGAGGUCCCAGAACAGUGUUCAUAGGGCACAGCUGCUCUGCCUAGGGUUUUCUGAUGUCUUACCCUGGGGAUCUUCAGACUCUGGUUACCUUUAGGAGACCCACCUGAACUAACCAGUAAGUGACUGCCCACAUUCAGAUCAGGGACCAUCUUACUAGUACUCACUGCCAGUCCUCACAAGAUAAGAUGACACAGGUGCUCUCUUCAGACCCUCCCAUACAGGAAGUGGGAAAUGUCUCGGUCACCUGGGUGGUUCCAGGCUACAGCUUCUUGGUGUCCACUAGACUGAAUAUCUAGGUGUUGGGUGACUGUUCUUCCCACUUUCUGACCGAAUGCCUUUGUGGGUGCUUCUAGAGGUCUUUCCCUGUCCUGCCCAGGGCUGUUGGUGGGUGAGAAAGAUGAGCUUAUUGCAGGAUUGCAGGUUUGUUUAACUCUUGAGUGGUGAGUGUCACGAGCAGGUGGGUCAGUAACCACGGCCUUGAGUAUCCUUAGGUUGCUCCUGUUUCAGUGAAAUCACCUUUUGUCAUUUUGAAGCCUGUUAGGAUUAUUGUGUGGAUCUGUGCUGAUUAUAGGCUUGAUAAUAUGUGGGACAAGCAGGUACUAAAUCUGUUUAGACUUUUGGCCAUAAAUGGGAUCUAACUUGUAAUACUUUCCUAGUGUACCAUUUUGUGUUUUAGCUGACCAGUCAGGCAGUUGGUAGCCUUGGUAUUCUGUGAAUGGAGUUCCAAACCCCACCCCAGUGUCUCAGGAAGGCCCAAGGCAGCAACACCAAGCUGGUCCAAAUGUACUACAUGAGUUUUGAUGAGCCUUGCCCAGUCCUGGACAGUGAGUCCUGUGUCUGGGGCAGGAAUGAGCUGGCCAGAGCCUGUCCCUGUCUCCACAUAGCUGUUCUGUGUGGCCCCAGCACAGCUCUUCACUUGGACUUGAGUAGCUUCCUCUGUGCUAGGUUUUUCAGAAUCUCAGCACUGCAAGGUUCUUCUGCUUGUUCAGAAUUUCCAGCUGGUAACUCUGAAUGUGACACAGCAUUGGCACUGACUGAGGACACUUCUUGUCUCCAGUAGUGCUAUGAAAGCACUGCAUGUCAUUGCUGUCGAGGAUGAGGUGCAGGGUAGGAAACACCCCAGGUUCAUGAGAGGUACCAUGGGAAGUUGAUGUGACCUCAGUGAGGACUGACCCUCUACUCAGCAGACUUCUGAGCUCUGGUUACCUGUGUCCUUCCUAGCAUGGGGAUGUGGGUGCCUGAUGAACCUACUGCCUUCUGACUGAGCUGACCCUAGCAGAAGAGCUUAGUGGCUCAGAGGAAGGAGCCUGAGGGCUGUCCCAGCUCAUCAAAGGGGUAUCUGUGGGGUUGUCGCUGUUACUGGGGCAGCCACUUGAUUUAAGUAAAGGCUUGUGUAAUCGAAUCACAGGCCAGGCAGGUUGGAACCAGUGCUGAUCCCUCAGAAUUUGUCUUUUCAGUAUUGGGCUUUUAGACAUAUGUCCACAAACCUGCCAAUGCAAUGCCAUACAUUUUGUAGCUAUUUUACUUGUGAUGUCUGUCUGUCUGUCUGUCUGUCUGUCUGUCUAUCUAUCUAUCUAUCUAUCUAUCAUCUAUGUAUUUAUGUGUUUAUGUAUUUAUUUAUUUUUGUAUUUAUUUACUUAUAUUCUUUUUCCAUAAGAGGACUUAAGCUAGAGAGUAUAAUUUUGUUUUGACAGUAGAUAAAUUUAGGCAAAAAUACUGGUAAAGUAGGUAAUUGGCAAUUUUCAAAUGUUGACCAGUACUGAUGUCAGGUUUAAGGACCAUUAUUUCAAAGUUUCCCCUUUUCUCUUUCAUGAAUGAUUUUUUUUAGAUAAAAAAUUUCUAAAAGAUAAAGUACUGACUGUGGGCCUGAGCAGAGGGAAGUUCUUCCUGCCUGAGAGCUGCCUUGGCCUGUGCUCAGCCAGUUCCUGGAGCAGUGUAGGCUCUGAGGCAGACAGACAGGCAGACACUUUGUUUGGGAGUGGUCUCUGUCCUGAGAUAACUGCUUCUUUGUGGAAGUGCACUUAAGGUGGUCACAGUGCUGAGAGCCCACAGUCUGGAGAUGGGAUUGUCCUUGUGGGGCAGUUGGAUCAUCUUGGCCCACAGUGCAGCCCCAGCAAAGAGCCAUUCGAGCAAAAGGGUAAGGAUGGCUUGUAAUACUUGAGGAAAUCAAAUUUCCUCAACUGACUGGACUGCCUUUUAUUCUUCAGUCAUGUCAUUCCUGACAAAUAACAGAAGGCUUGCUGGGAAGGGAUAGUAUGGGACUAUGGCUUGGCACUGUUGAUUGGGAUCCACAGUGGUGUUCUUUUCACGUCUGCCUGCUGCUGAUGUCCUGGCACAAUCUGAUUGUAGUGGAUGCUACAUAUUAAUGAGGAAGUUUUGGAUCCUAAGUAGCCUUCCUGGUGGUGAAAGGCAUUGUGGCUUUCCCACCACCUGCUCGAGGAUCACUGUGCAUGGCCUCAGGAGGCUAGACAUGCUUUUGAAGGGCCUCUACCACCCCAGAUCCACGAGGUCACCCACAGAAAGUCAGUGUGGCCUUGCUUGUCCCUCACUCAGUCCUUGGGAACCAGUGGCACCUGGGAUGCUGGUGAUAAUGUCACCAGUGGUGGUCUGCUGGUACCUGUGUCUCCUUGGUGCCUGUGCACCAGGCACUUGGAGACUCUUCCUGCCCUGCAGGGGUCUGAUGACUUUCCAUCAGCACAGAGAUUCCUGGAAGUGCUUCUUGACUUGGGAGCUUCUUUCUUUCCCUCGCUCAUUUUUACCUCAUUGCUCUCCUUCCCAGAGUUCCUUGGUGUGCAAUAAAGUAGUAGGUAUAUGAGGUUAGGGAUUCUUAGUCAUCCCAGGAAAGUCCCACAGAUGGGCACAUGCAAGCUUUGAAGUGGGCAGAUCUGUGGAAUUUACUAUACACUCCAGCCUGACAAAGGGUAAUGGAGUAAGGAGAACGCAGGUGAACUGUCGUAGCCUUAACAGACACCUGAUACCCAGUGUCAGUGAUGCAUGGACCUCUUCUGUACUGGGGAUCCAAGCAGAUCCUGUGCAUGUAAGACAAGCAUUCUACCACCGAGCUGUAUCUCCUGCCUCUUUAUUUCUUAGAUAAUUGAAGCAAUGGAAGGAUUUUUGUAAAUCUCAUUUGAGAUUGACAUUUAUGAACCUAAUUGUCUUGGACAUGCAAUGUCACAGAUUGUGUCUGACAUCUUGCCAGCAGUGCCCUGUUCUCUCCUGCAGUGUCUGCAUGGCGUCCACUACUUCUGUUUGUGUUGUGCGUGUGUAGUGUACCGUGCACUGGGGCCUGUGUGCUAGUGCUGAAGACAUGCUCACUGCAGCCCUCUAGUUCCUGUUUGAGGAUGAAUGAGUGCUUGUUUGCAGUGGCCAGGACUGACUUGUUUUUGCCCUUGUGCCUAGUUAAGAGAUUUCAAAAGGUCAAUGAUUUUUUUUUAUACAUUGUUAUAAUAAAUGCUUUAUUGCCCUCUGAUUUCCUUCCCACAUGCCUUAAUUUUGUGGCCUGUGUCUCACUGAAUAGAAGCUUCCUCUGUGUACAGUCUGUUAUUUACAUUAGUUCAUCAUUAACUCAUUCAUUCAUUCAUCCAUUCAUUCAUGUGUGAUGUGUGUAUUGUCUUGUACCUGCGCUCCUGUAUAAGCUAUGGUGUGGAUCUGGAGAUCAAAGGACAAUGUUUGGGAGUUGGUUCUCCUUUUCUACCAUAUGGGUUCCAGGGAUUGAAUUCAGGUAGUCACGUGGGAGAAAGUGCCUUUACCUUCCGAGCCAUCUUACAGCCUCCACAUGCAGCUGUGUGCACAGUUCAAGUGGGAGGGGCUGGUUCCCAGAUCCCAUCCUAUGACUGGAGAAGGUUCUAAAGCAGGAGUCUAGAGCUGUUCAGUGGAUCUCGGGGUUGCAGGGAGAAUCCUAUUCUUUUGCCCAGGAUUAAACUAUUUAGUGUUGCUUGGUUCACCUUGUGGCUCUGGUUCCAGAACUGAAGAGAGUUGCCUCUCACAACUUUCUAUCCAGUAACAUUGCACAGCAUUUUGUGGUGUGGGGACAUGACGGACACUGCCAUUUGUGCCCCAUGUGAUAUGUGAUUUAUUUUGCCAGUUGAAGGUAAAAUCUGGCAAUUUGGGAUAAGCCUGGAGUGACUGAACUGAAUAAAGGUUAUUUCUUCA